AUUAAACCCUUAUCUUCAACCUCAAAACCCUCUCUCUCUCUCUCUCUCUCUCUCUCUCUCUCUUCUCUUCUCUUCUCUUCGCUCUGUUGUGUGUCUGUGCGACAAUGUCGACGACAGCGUUGAAAGCCUUGUUGACGACCAAUUCGUCCUUGUUCUCAGGCCCUUCUCGCUCCAACUCCACCUUGAAAAGCCCUCACCUGUAUCUUCCAGCCUCUUCCAAGCGCCUCAAUCUUCACCUUUCUCGCUCUCGCUCCACGCUCGCUUCAGCCUCCUUCAAGCCCCAUCAUCGUUCUAUCGUCACGUUCGUGGCACGCACUGCAGAUUGGGCCGCCCAGCAAGAAGAACGAGAGAAGAGUGAACUCGAAGCCCUCGGAUCGGAUUGGGGAGCUGAGGGAGAGGACGCGAGUGCAGAAGAGGCCGAGGCCGAGGGAGAAAGUGGUGAAGAUGGGUUUUCCGAGGAGAGAGAAAUGAAUGAAUCUUUUGUCGAGCCGCCCGAGGAGGCGAAGAUAUUUGUUGGGAAUUUGUCGUACGAUAUCGACAGUGAGAAAUUGGCCUUGUUGUUUGAGCGAGCUGGAACUGUUGAGAUUGCUGAGGUUAUUUAUAACAGGCAGACCGAUCAGAGUCGUGGGUUCGGGUUCGUGACAAUGAGUACGGUGGAAGAAGCAGAAAAGGCUGUGGAAAUGCUUCAUCACUUUGAUUUGGACGGUAGACUUCUAACCGUCAAUAAGGCUUCACCAAAAGGAUCACGAGCUACUGAGCGCCUCCCUCGUGUCCUUGAUGGUGAAUAUAGAGUUUAUGCUGGGAAUCUGCCAUGGAGUGUGGAUAAUGCUCGUCUGGAGCAAGUUUUCAGUGAACAUGGUAAGGUGGUAAAUGCGCGGGUUGUUUAUGACCGGGAAACUGGCCGUUCUCGUGGUUUUGGUUUUGUGGUGAUGGCAUCUGAGACUGAGAUGAAUGACGCUAUUGCUGCUCUUGAUGGACAGAGCUUGGAUGGGAGAGCCAUCAGGGUAAAUGUUGCGGAGGAAAGGCCGAGACGCAGCUUCUUUUAACUCAAAAAGAGGAGACUAUUUGAGCUUUAUUUUUCUUGCCUUCUUUCCUUUGCCGAGCGUUUUGAGAUGCCGUUUCUUCCUUGCAUAAACUCAUAUUUUACUGUUGUCAAAGUAGAGUCUCUAUUGUAAGGCAAUGAAAUUGUUCGUUCACAAUAGAAAUGAUGUACAAGGUACUGAUGACAGGUUCCAAAAGUAUUUUGUUAUAAGAUGAACUGUGGACAGAUGUUCUGGGAUUCUUCCGGUGAUGGAGGAUGCAUUUAGUUGCGGAAUGCCGCGUUUCAUUUGUUGUAUGUCGGGGAUGGAAUUGUGGAGACUAUUUCUUUCUAAUGGCAUAAAUUCAAUUUUUAUUGCAA